AUGUCCAAUAAAUAUUCUCAAAGUAGUACACUCAUCGCUGCUCAAAACCAGCUGGUACAAUGGAUAAACGAAGCAGGUAUGGCGGACAGUGGCAGAAAGUCGGAUCUUUUAAGAAAGAUCGUCGAAGUGUUGCUUCACCAAUGUUCACAGAUGAUACCUGUGUAUUUAGAGAAUAUUCUGAGUCUGGUGAACGACAAAUCCACAGAUGUGAAGAAGCAGGUUAUCGCCUUUAUCGAAGAGUUAAGCAAAAAGUUCCCAGAGCAACUACCCAAGAUUGUAGCACAAUUAAGACUUCUUGUGUUAGACACUGUGAUUGCAGUUCAGAAGAGAGCUAUUCAAGCUUCAAGUAUUGUGUAUAGAAACACAUUGCUAUGGAUAUGCAAGGGCGGCGCGAGCUUGACAGAUGCGCAGUAUGUUUGGGAGAACAUUACACAAUUAAAGCUCCUGGUAUUAAACAUGAUCGACAGUGACAACGAAGGUAUCAGGACGCACUCCAUCAAAUUCUUAGAGGAGGUGGUGUUACUGCAAACGCCAAGUGAAGGUGGCGGUGAUGAGUUUAGUCUUGACAGUUUGCCGUCUCACUUACCAUUUAUCAAUAGACGGGCUUUGGAUGAGGAAUCUGAGCAUAUAUUCCAACUACUGGUAAAAUUCCACAACUCACAGCAUAUAUCAAGCGUCAACUUAAUGGCCUGUAUGACAACUUUAUGCCUUCUGGCCAAAUUCAGACCGAAAUUUAUGCCUCGAGUCAUACAAGCUUUAGCCGACCUGCACACGACGUUGCCUCCCACACUGUCACAAUCACAAGUAAAUUCAGUACGAAAGCAUCUCAGAAUGCUGCUUGUGAACCUUAUUAGGCACCCAUCUUCAAACGACAUGCUGCCACAGUUAACUCAGUUGUUACUUGAUAUCGGAAUGACAACACAGGAGAUCAAUAAGGCAAUACCGAAAGAGAAAAGGAAUAAACGCUUAGGAGAAAUUAAGAACGGGGACACACCUGCGAAACGGUUGAGAGUGGACUCUCCACAGAGUAAUAGCCAAGGCAGUGAUAGCAACGGUCGAACUGAGCUCAAUCAAUGUGAUGAAGACAGUCAACCUGCUGCAACUACACAAGUCAUAACAAAACAAAAUGUCACCGAAGAUUCUUUAUUUGAUGGCUUGAACAAUGUUGAAAAUGUUGUAAAUUUAGUUAUGAGUACACUAUUGAACAGUCUACCAACUGAAAUGCCAGAAAACUUUGUAAACUCCUAUAAGCCUAUUCCGAAUUCUGGAAGUAAAGUUCAGAAGAGAAGUCUGGCUAAAAUGAUUUUGUCAUUAAUUAAAGAUGAACCACUAGCACCAUUGCUACCUCCACCGGCUCUGGUUGCUCAACCUAUAUUAAGUGAUUUAGCUGCAAAAAUACCUUUACUAAGAGAUGAAGAAGAAAAAGUUACUCUGAAAAAUGCAGUGGCAAAGUUGCAAGAGUCCACAAAAGCAGAUAGGCAGAUGGAAAAUGCUGUGUCCAAAUUAAUGGAAGAAACCAGAGCCGAGCAUUUGAAAGAAGAAGAGCGAAAACAAAAGGAUAAAGAGAAACUGGUUCCACCACAAACCCCAACUGUACCGAAGCUCAAGCAGAAAGUUAAGCUUUUGAAAUUGCAGGAAAUUACACGUCCUAUACCUAAAGAAAUAAAAGAGAAAUUAGUACUUCAAGCAGUCUCUAGAAUUCUAAGAGCAGAAACAGAAGCCGCUAUUGGUGGAGCUGCGAAUAUACGUGCCAAGUUCAUUACGAUAUUCGCGUCAAGUUAUACUCCUGAACUAAGGGACUUGGUACUCAAUUAUAUCCUAGAAGAUCCUGUAAAUAGAAUUGAUUUAGCAUUGUCAUGGUUGUACGAAGAAUAUGCCUUUAUGCAAGGAUUUAAUCGACACCCAGUGACCCUUCAACCAAAAGUUCACGAGAAACAUGAUCAGAAUUACAAUCAGUUGCUGUGCUCGUUGAUAACCCAGAUUUGCGAAAGUGGGGAUCCAGUUAUGGAAGGUUCUAAAGACAUGCUCUUGAGAAAAGUGUUUUCUGAGUGCCCUGUAGUGACUGACGAUGCCUUGGACUAUCUGAAGCACUUAGUCGCAGAGGAUAAGAUUGCCUUGUUGGCACUGGAGUUGUUAGAAGAGCUUUGUAUUAUGAGACCGCCUCAUGCGCAUAAGAUUGUUUCGUCGCUGCUGUGUCAUGUUUUAAGUGACAAUGAAGACAUACGAGAAGUAGUGAUCAAGUCGGCGGUCAAGAUUUACACACGCUGUACGGUGUUCACUCGCAAUGUUAUAGAGAAGAAUGCCUUGUUGUAUCUUGGCUUUAUAUCGUUGGCGAAUCCACCUCCAGAGUUGACUGACUCCCGGACUGGAAAAGGUGUAUGGAACGAAGAUUUGUAUAAGAUAUGUUUAAAUCUUGUAAUGGCGCUGUUCUCAGUAAAUGAAGAAUUGAUCAUCAAAGUGGCUCGUGUGUACGGGUGCGCUGGGUCGGAAGCGAAGCGCUGCGUGCUCCGCGUGAUGGAGGGCCCCGUGCGCGCGCUCGCCGCCUCCGGAGACCUCAGCCCCGCCUUCGUGGCGCUGCUGGACGAGUGCCCGCCCGGCGCUGAGACCCUGCUCACCAGGCUCGUCCAUAUCUAUACCGAAAAAGCUCCUCCAACGCCCGAACUGGUGUCGAAGGUGCGUGAACUGUACGCGACGCGGGUGUCCGACGUUCGGUUCUUAAUACCUGUGCUUACAGGACUCUCUAAGAAAGAGAUUUUGGCAGCAUUACCGAAGUUGAUAAAACUGAAUCCAAUAGUCGUGAAAGAAGUGUUCAAUAAACUUCUAGGACUGCAGAGCACACACGAAGAGUAUUCUCCGGUCUCUCCAGCUGACUUACUGGUGGCUCUGCAUCUCAUAGAUCCGAGUAAAGACGAUCUCGUAUUUAUCAUCAAGGCAACUGCUCUCUGCUUCGCUGAGAAACAGAUUUAUACGCAGGACGUACUAGCUGCAGUUCUCCAAAGGUUGACCGAAGAGCAAGAGAUACCAGUGCUGAUGAUGAGAACCGUACUCCAAGCACACACGCUGUACCCGAACUUGGGACCCCUGGUGCUUGAUAUUUUGACGCUGCUUGUUAAAAAAGAGGUGUGGAACCACAAAGUGGCGUGGGAGGGGUGGCAGAAGUGCUGCGAGCGGCUGAUCCCGCGCUCGGCGCCGCUGCUGGCCUCGCUGCCGCCGCGCGCGCUGAGCGCGUGCACCGCGGUGCCGCGCCUGCGCACCGCGCUCGCCCAGCACGUGGCCGCGCUCGCGCCCCCCGCGCGCGCCGCGCUGUCGCCGCACGUGCUGCACGUGGCGCAGUCUACAGAUGAACAGUUUCCGUCGCCGGUCCCGUUGCCCGUACCGCCGCCGAACCCCCUGGAGCCUCUCCCACCAGGAAUGGACUGCUGA